AUGAGAUCCAAGUUUAAGGACGAGCACCCCUUCGAGAAGAGAAAGGCCGAGGCUGAGCGUAUCCGCCAAAAGUACUCCGACCGUAUUCCAGUCAUCUGCGAGAAGGUCGAGAAGUCAGAUAUCGCGACGAUCGACAAGAAGAAGUACCUCGUUCCCGCCGACCUCACAGUCGGUCAGUUCGUCUACGUAAUCCGCAAGCGCAUCAAGCUCUCCCCCGAGAAGGCCAUCUUCAUCUUCGUCGAUGAGGUCCUGCCACCUACCGCCGCGCUCAUGAGCAGCAUCUACGAGGAGCACAAGGACGAGGACGGUUUCCUGUACAUCUCAUACUCGGGCGAGAAUACCUUCGGCGAGUUUGCUUCCGCUUAA